AUGGCUUUCAAAAUUGAUGAUGAAUUAAUUAAUAUAAUCGGUGAUUUUGCAAAUAUGAAUCGUUGGCCGGAUUUCAAAAUAAAACAAAAAACAGUUUUGAAAAAAACUCCAACUGAACGUCAACAUUCUCUCAAUUUAGCUGUUGGCGUUUCGGAUGAAAGACCACCUUUUAGUGAAGAUAAUGUAGCAACAACACGACAACGACAACGUCAACGACGAUCAACCGGUAAAAUAUUCCAUCCAUUAACUUAUCUAAUUAAUAAUAAACGUACUUCUUCAGCUCCAGCACAUAUGAAAGAUGAUAAUGAACAAAUACAGGAAAAACAUGGAAAAAUUGGAAAUUUUCCAUUAAAUGAUAAAAAUAAUAGAAUUGAAAAUUUUGAUCUUGAAGUAUUACCAGAAGAAAUAGUUUUAUUAUCAUCAGUAACCAGAAGUGAAUCAAUAAUAAAUCAUAAAAAAGAAUCAAUGAAUAACGGUGAUAAUGGUGGUGUAAAUCCGAUAAUAUUACCACCACUAUCACUUUAUACUAAUGUGGGUCAUCGAGGAUCAAUUGUUCUUAUUGAUGAUAAUGAUGAUAAGCUAUAA